AUGAUUAAUCUUCUUCGCAACGAUCUACUCUCACAAUCGCAACCACCGAUCGAAUCUCUGAACCCUAGCUUGUACUUUUCCCCUUUCAACUCAGGUGAUUUUUGUAAUCAAGGUGUUUGUUCAAAUGCCACAAUGAGUUUACGUAUAGCAACCUUUGGUUAUAGUAUUCAACUUUCUCACUUUUUAUAUGAGAGCUUGCGCUUAAAUAGGCUUAAUGGUAUAGCUAAGGUUCUUGGAGUACUUGCUUCUGCUGGAGGAGCUUCAAUCAUUACCCUAUACAAAGGACCAACAAUUUAUGCUCCAGAAUCACCUUUAGCAGUACAUCAGGGACAAUUCUUGUCUCUAUUUGAGGACUUCAAUGGGAAAAACAUGAACUUGGGUGGCAUUUUUCUCUUUGGUCACUGUUUGAGUUGGUCUGGUUGGAUUUUGAUGCAUGCAUUUGUUCUGAAAAAAAUUCCAGCACAACUCACUGUUUCUGCUUUUACUUGCUUAUUUGGUAUUGUGCAGUUUGGGACGAUUGCAACAUUUCUUGAGAAGGAUCCCAAAGCUUGGCAGCUCAAUUCCUUUGAAGAGGCCUAUUGUAUUUUGUACUCGGGAGUGGUGAUUUCAGGAGUGGCAGCAGCAAUACAAAUAUGGACUAUUAGAAAAGGAGGGCCAGUGCUUGCUUCAAUUUAUCUUCCCUUACAGACAUUGCUGGUAGCUUUUUCUAAUAUUUUUCAAGGACAUGUUAACCAUUUGCUUAAACUUGAUGGUGCAAAGGAUAGGUUGCAACUCUUCAAGGCUGAUUUAGUAGAAGAAUGUUCUUUUGACUCUAUUAUUCACGACUGUCACGGGUCUUUCAUAUUGUUUCACUGGCUCGUUUUGUUGUUGACAACCCUCAUGUAA